AUGGCAUCCGGCAACACCGGUGGAGCUAGUGGGACACCGACGAGCCCCAUCAGGCCUAUGAUGGCCUUGGAACCAAUCACUGCUCCCAUCUUCACACCAAUUACCAGUGAAACACCACAACAAAACGGCUCAACAAUAACUAUUGCUCCAAUGAGUGAAUUAUGGAGACCAAUCGUUGAAGAACCAACAUCCUACACCGUCGUGUUGACAUUAAAUGCCUCCGUACAAACUCAACAACUAACGAUGAUCUCAAGUAGCAUGGCACCACCAAUAGCGAACAACGUCAACGGCGUGCCGGUUAUCUCACAAGUGUCACCGCUAAACAAGAUUACGAGAGAACAAACGACAGUUUCCCAAACACUCCCAUUUACGACAAGCAUACCCUUCAACACAAAAAUCCCAUAA